AUGGUGGAGAAACAGGCGAAAAAUGACUGUGGAGUUUGUAGUAAACCAAGCUAUGUACCAGCAGGGGAAACCUGCUGCCCCGAAAAAUGUCAACGCUGCGAAAAAAAGAAGUGCACUGAAAACGACGCAUGUCAAUGUUCUAUUUGUCACUGUGGAUGUCUGGACGGAGAAAUUAGAGACCUAAAGUGCGGUGAGCACGGCUGCCCGCAGUGCCGGAUAAAAUGCACAACGAGUAAGAGGUGCCAGUGCACCCUCUGUGACUGUGGAUGUGAGCCCAUUUUUAGGCAGGGGAAGCUGUGCUACGAGGCUAACGAAAAAUGCAAGGAUUGCAAGGAAAAAUGCAAAGAUUCAACAGACGGCGAUUGUAUAUGUGGCCUCUGUAACUGUGGAUGCAAUGGAGCAAUGUGUAGCUGCUGUAGCUGGUGUAAUCCUGGUACCAAAUGCCCGGGAGAAGGGGAAUGUGACGGCAAGGAACAACACUCCGAAGAAUGCAAAAGCCUUCUUGGCGGUAGAGGCAAAGAACAUGAUGCAGGCAAGUAUUACUGCCGACACGCCAAAGAAGCUGGCACAUGCAAACCAGAAAACUGUGACAAUACUGAAUAUUUUUACGUCAGUAGCAAAUGCACCUCCAAAUGCACCAACUGCGGCAAACUAUGUCCACAAGAUGCGUUUCUUCGCCUGUGCUACAUAGGGGUCCCCAUACUCCUAAUCGUAGCGAUCAUGGUUUCCGUCUGUCGUUUGUAUCCUGGCCCAUUCCGCAAGGUGUAUUACGGACUGCGUGCUACGUUUGUUGACUGGGCUAAUAGCUCCGGCGCAUCCACGAAUCUUGCCGGUGGAAGGAUUCACGAGGAGAUUGACACUGAUGAAUACUCCGCCUUCCCGUUCAAGGGCCUGAUGUAG